ACCGCACUUCACACUAUCCCAUCCCCAUCCCACCAUGUCCACCGCCGGAAAGACCAUCACCUGCAAGGCCGCCGUCGCGUGGGAGGCGAGCAAGCCGCUGUCGGUCGAGGAGAUCGAGGUGCUGCCGCCGCGCGCGGGCGAGGUGCGCGUGCGCGUCACCUACACCGGCCUCUGCCACACGGACUACUACACGCUCUCGGGCAACGACCCUGAGGGCGCGUUCCCCUCGAUCCUCGGCCACGAGGGCGCCGGUAUUGUCGAGUCCGUCGGCGACGGCGUCGAGGAGUUCAAGGAGGGCGACUCGGUGAUCCUGCUGUACACCGCCGAGUGCAAGCAGUGCAAGUUCUGCAAGUCCGGCAAGACGAACCUCUGCCAGGCGAUCCGCGCGACGUCGGGCCAGGGCGUCAUGCCCGACAAGACGGUGCGCUUCCGCGCACGCGGGCAGGACAUCAAGCACUUCAUGGGCACGUCGACGUUCUCGCAGUACACCGUCGUGUCGCAGCACUCGCUCGUCGCCGUCGACCCCAAGGCGCCGCAGGAAAAGACGUGCCUGCUCGGCUGCGGCGUGACGACGGGCUACGGCGCGGCGACAAACACGGCCAAGGUCGAGGAGGGUGCGACGGUCGCCGUGUUCGGCAUCGGCUGCGUCGGCCUGGCCGUGCUCGAGGGCGCCAAGGCGUGCAAGGCGUCGCGCAUCAUCGCCAUCGACAUGAACGACGGCAAGGAGGACUGGGCGAAGCGCUUCGGCGCCACCGAGUUCAUCAACCCCAAGAAGCUCGAGCGCAGCAUCGUCGAGGAGCUCGUCGAGCGCACCGACGGCGGCCUGGACUACACGUUUGACUGCACGGGCAAUGUCGACGUCAUGCGCCAGGCGCUCGAGGCGUGCCACAAGGGCUGGGGCGUGAGCACCAUCAUCGGCGUCGCCGCGGCCGGCAAGGAGAUCUCGACGCGGCCCUUCCAGCUCGUGACGGGGCGCAAGUGGCAGGGCACGGCGUUCGGCGGCACCAAGGGCAAGACGGAGCUGCCCGGCCUCGUGCAGAAGUACCUCGACGGCAAGUUCAAGAUCGACGAGUACAUCACCCACACGACGACGCUCGACGAGCUCAACAAGGGCUUCGACUACAUGAAGGCGGGCGACUGCGUGCGCUGCGUGGCCAACAUGCAGUGAGGCCCCGGCACUCGUGCUACCCAUUGUGAAUGCAU